CUACAUUUCAAAUUCAAAAGUGGUAUAGUCCUAUGGUUGUUUAGGCAACGGCGAGGUACGGAGGAAAGCGAUUGGCUGAAUCAGAGCUGUGGAGUCUGUCGGUUCGUUGAGCUCGUGAGGGGCUUGUCUCAGGGAAGGAGCCAGUAUGGAGUCAUCGCGGGACGUUCGAAUGUUUAAACGGAACGAUAGGACAAGGUCCACCAUAUCGACCUGCUCGUCCCUCGCCAUGGAGAUGAAAAGGAAGAAGAUAAGAGACGGUGUUUUGCUUGCACAAAACGAGGACUGUAAUCUCCAGGAGAAGAUAGACUUUGAGAUGCGAAUGAGAGCAGGGGCAUAUAAGCUUCUGGUGGCCAGUUCUAAGAGAGAACAGAUCCUGGAUGCAGCAAAGAGCCUGUUGACCUGCAAUGUGCGAAUCAAAGCCUACAUGAGCGAGGCCCAGAGGAGGAAGGAGCAGGGAGAUGUGCCUGAAAGACUUAGAUGGAGGACCUCCGAUUCACAGAACGGCGUGCCUUGCAAGGGCAAAGUUGCAAUAACUGGUUUGCGGCUUCCACUAUUUUGGAAGGAUUCUGAACACUUUAACACUAAAGGGAACUCUCAGCGGGUUGCAGUCUUCUGUCUAAUGAAGCUUGGCUCUGAGAUAUUUGACACAGAAAUGGUGAUUGUAGACCGAACAGUGACUGAUAUCUGUUUUGAGGGUGUAACUAUCUUUUCUGAGGCUAAGCCAGACUUUGAACUAGCUGUUGAGCUAUACAGCUGUGCACUGGAAGAGGAGGGACCUUUGGUCAACACGCCAAAAAAAUUGGCCAGGAAGCUGAGGUCCUCUUUUGGGAAGGGAGCUGGAAGGAAACUCUGCCCUCUUCUGGAUGGAGGAGAUCCUGAUUCUUUUCUUCAGUCCAAUCCAAUUCCACCUGGAGCAAAAUAUUCACUUUUGGCAUACACAACUCUGGGACUGGAGCAGACCGGGAAGUCAUUCCAGUCUCAUUCACUUGUAGUUUUACGGAGUGUAGAAACAUCAUGGCUGCCUCUCUAUGGGAACUUGUGCUGUCAGCUGGUGGCACAGCCUGACUGCAUGACACAGGAUAUGAUGGGCGGUUAUCUUAGCCAGCAGCAAAGUAUUGAGGGUUUGCAGCACUGCUGCAGGCUGUACUGUGUGCUGAAAGCUGGUCAAAUCUCCUGUUACUUCAGUCCUGAGGAGAUUCAAGCAAAGAUGGAGCCCAGUGUAAUAAUCCCCAUAAAUAAGGAUACUCGCCUUCGUGUAGUGGAGGGUAACCCGAAAGGUGGGGCUAGGCUGAGCAUCAUUAAUCCAGGAACAGAAGACCCUGCUAGCCAUAUAUUCAUAGCUGAGACACCUGACUUACUGCAGGACUGGCUCAGUGCCCUAUUGCAACACAUCUAUGACCAGAGUCAGUGGCAGCACACCUGUGAUAAGCUGAUGGAAAUUGAGGUUUUGUCCCCACGGAAACCCCCACUUUUUCUUACAAAGCAAGCUGACUCGGUCUACAAUGAUCUCAGUAUCGGUUCACCAGGCAAAUUUGAGAGUUUAACAGACCUAAUUCAUAAUAAGAUCGAAGAAACAGAUGGGCGCUUUCUUAUUGGUCAGGAGGAGGAAAGGGAGCCUCCUCAUUGGACAGCACUGUUCGAAGGCUCCCGACCAAUGUUGGUGCAGAAGACUGUGUUGUCCCCUGGAAAAAACGGCUCCCAGUUCAUGACCAGUCCAGGCUUAAACAGCAGCAAGAAGAGAAGAGCACCUCCACCACCCCCUGACAAAUUACCAUUUGUCCAUCCAUCUGUCCACACACCAUGUCCUCCAUCAUACCCAGAAAAAGAAAACUCCAACAAGGGGAUCAGGCCUCGGACCGGGCGUCCAUCACUGGAUGCUAAAUUCUCAGCCAUCAUUCAUCAAUUACAGAAGACCCAUGGACCCACUCGCAAAAAUCCACCUUUAGCCCAGGUCGAGCCCUCUCAAAACCUUUACAUUCCAGUCAAGAUGGAAACAGAGCUCAACCUGUCUGAACAUGCAGAAAAAGCAAGCACCCCAGCCCCUCAGCCACCUCAGCCUGCCCCAAGAAACAAACUGAGGAAGUCUUUUAGAGAGAAGAUGAACCCCAAAGCUUGGUGAAAAA